CCUGGGCAGCUCACACAAAGCAGGAGGGUGGGGAGCUCAGAUUUGCCAUGGAGAAAAUCUCAGUGUCAGUGUUCCUGCUCCUUGUGGCCCUCUCCUAUACUCUGGCCAAAGACACCACAGUCAAACCAGGAGCCAAAAAGGACCCAAAGGACUCUCGGCCCAAACUGCCCCAGACCCUCUCCAGAGGUUGGGGCGAUCAACUCAUCUGGACUCAGACUUAUGAAGAAGCCUUAUACAAAUCCAAGACUAGCAACAGACCCUUGAUGAUCAUCCAUCACUUGGACGAGUGUCCACACAGUCAAGCUUUGAAGAAAGUGUUCGCUGACAGCAAGGAAAUCCAGAAGUUGGCAGAGCAGUUCAUUCUCCUCAACCUGGUUUAUGAAACGACAGACAAGCACCUUUCUCCUGACGGACAGUAUGUACCCAGAAUUUUGUUUGUGGACCCAUCCCUGACCGUGAGGGCAGACAUCACCGGAAGAUACUCAAACCGUCUCUACGCCUAUGAGCCUUCCGACAUAGCUCUGUUGCUGGACAACAUGAAGAAAGCUCUCAAGCUGCUGAAGACAGAAUUGUAGAGCUGCCUGUGCAUUGCAGCAGGUGAAGAGACAGCAGAAGCAUCUGAACUUGACGAUUACAUUACAGGUUAAUGUUACACAGAUGUAUUUUUUAACUCCCAUGUGUGGGAAAACAAUAUUGUUAUCUACUGCAGUGAAGCAUGAUUUUCUAAAAAAUAAAGUCUUGUGAGUACUCCA